UGUUGGUAGUUCAGGAGUGUCAGCGCAUCUCUUUUGCAACUCGGAUUCCUUUCUGAUCGGAAAUGGCGCAAAAGCUUAAUUUGGAUAAUCUCGCCGUCUCUGCGGACGUUUACCGCUCAAGUUUCCCCUCAACCUUCACCUUCGGCGUCGCCACUUCGGCUUACCUGAUCGAAGGAGGCUGGAACGAAGGUAAAAAGGGGCCAAACAUAUGGGAUAAGUUCACUCAUCUUCAAGGAAAAGUUCUUGAUGGAAGUAAUGGCGAUGUCGCUGUGGAUCAUUACCAUAGAUAUAAGGAAGACAUUGAGCUUAUAGGAGCAUUAGGAUUCACCGCUUACCGAUUUUCCAUUUCUUGGUCUCGCAUUUUCCCUGAUGGUUUGGGAACUGAAGUCAAUGAAGAAGGCAUUGCUUUCUACAAUAAUAUUAUCAAUUCCCUUCUUGAAAAGGGCUAUCAGCCGUUCGUCACUCUUUACCAUUGGGAUCUCCCCCCACAUCUCCAGGAAUCCAUCGGGGGUUGGACAAAUAGGAAAAUUGUAGAUUAUUUUGGCCUCUAUGCAGAAGCUUGUUUUGCCAAUUUUGGUGAUAGAGUGAAGCACUGGAUUACAUUAAAUGAACCACUUCAGACCUCGGUGAAUGGACACUGCAUUGGGAUAUUUGCUCCUGGAAGAAAUGAAAAGCCCUUGAUCGAGCCUUAUUUGGUCUCACAUCAUCAAGUUUUGGCUCAUGCAACUGCUGUUUCAGUAUAUAGAAGCAAGUACAAGGAAAGUCAAGGCGGACAAAUUGGUUUGUCGGUUGAUUGUGAGUGGGCAGAAGCAAAUUCGGAGAAAAUGGAGGACAAGGUUGCUGCUGGUAGGAGAAUUGACUUUCAACUUGGAUGGUUCUUGGAUCCUUUGUUUUUUGGAGACUACCCUGCAAGUAUGCGCCAGAAACUUGGAGAUAAUCUUCCUACAUUUACUCCGGAAGAGAAGGAGUUUAUGCUUCAGAACUCAUGGGACUUUCUUGGCAUAAACCACUACACUUCGAGGAUAAUUGCUCAUGUCUCAAACAACGAAGCUGAGAGUGACUUUUACAAAGCACAAGAAUUGGAGAGGAAUGUUGAAUGGGAAGAUGGAGAGCCUAUAGGCGACAGGGCAGCUUCGGAUUGGCUUUACAUUGUGCCUUGGGGAAUCCGAAAGACUCUGAAUUAUGUCAGCCAAAAAUACAACCACCCUUCAAUAUUUAUUACUGAGAAUGGCAUGGAUGAUGAAGAUGACGGAUCUGCCUCUAUCCAUGAUAUGCUCGACGAUAAGCGUAGAGUUGCCUAUUUCAAGAGUUACCUUGCCAAUGUCGCGGAGGCUAUCAAAGACGCAUGGUCGUUGCUGGACAACUUCGAGUGGGCGCAAGGUUUCACCAAGAGAUUCGGUUUGGUAUAUGUCGACUACAAGAAUGGUUUAACCCGUCACCCAAACUCUUCUGCCUAUUGGUUCAUGAAGUUUCUUAAAGGUGAUGAAGACAACAAAGGUAAAAAGGAAUGAAAAACAGAGAAAGGAAUGAAAAAGCUACUAUAACAUUUACGCGAUUUGCGCUGUGUUAUUAUAAAUUUGUACCAAAGAGAUUAGUCGAUGAUGGUGGUGGUAUAAAAUCAUUACAAAACAAAUGACUUAUGCCAUUCUUUGGU